AUGGCAAACAACAAAUCAAGUAAACCUGAGCGGACCCUGAUCGGUGGUUCUCUUGAUAUACCCCGCAUGGUAUCGGGAUUAUGGCAACUAGCUGGAGGACAUGAUCAAAAUGUUGAUGUGGAAGCAGCGGCCAAAGCGAUGGAACCAUUAAUUGAAGCAGGACUGGAUUGUUUUGACAUGGCUGAUCAUUAUGGCGACGCAGAACUUGUUAUGGGUCAGCACAAUUCGUCCUCGACGAAGAAAAUGAUAGCUUUCACAAAAUGGUGUCCACCAGAAAAUGGAAUCACCACUUUCGAGAAUGCAGAAAAAGCUGUAGAUCUUGCAUUGGAGAGGAUGAAGCAAGAGAAAAUUGAAUUGAUGCAAUAUCAUGCAUGGGACUAUACGGAUGAUAGUUACAUUCAAAAUCUUGAGCAUUUGCGAACUUUACAAAAACAAGGAAAAAUUGGAAUGAUUGGAAUGACAAACACAGAUGCCGCACAUCUCGAACUUUUGAUCAACACGGGAUUCAAAAUUGCAACCAAUCAGGUAUCCUGCUCUGUUAUUGAUCGUCGUCAUGUUCGCGGUCGACUUGUUUCAUGGCUUGGGGUCGAAGAACCAAAGGAUGAAACGGAAUUGAACUGGAGCCUGAGAAAAUAUCUGCGAUUUAUUAAUGCAGCUGGAGGGUGGUCAUCGUAUCAAGUUGUGCUUCAAGCACUUUCCACAGUUGCCAAAAAGUACGGCGUUGGCAUUUCUGCGGUUGCAACACGACAUGUUUUAGACCUUCCUGCUGUAAGUGCUGUAAUUGUCGGAUCUAGACUAUCAAGUACUUCAGAUAAGUAUACGGUGAGCAAUCUUGAGGCUUUUAGUUUCGCAUUAGAUGCAGAAGACAGGGCUUUGAUCGCAAAAGCACAGGAGGGCCUUUCGGAUAUACCAGGAGACUGCGGUGAUGAAUAUCGACGACCACCAUUUCUCACAGCAAAAGGUGAUCUCAGCGAUCACCUUGAAGAGACAGACCACGAUGUUAAGAUCGCCAAAGCUAUCGCUGGUGGAGCUCGCAUCGAAUAUUCUUCGGGCAGCCACUGGGAGCCUAUUGCAAGUUAUUCUCGAGCAAUUAGAACAGGCAACACCAUUCGCGUGUCAGGGACCACGGCCAAUUCUCCAGUCUCAAGCAUUCCAGCGAUAGGUGGGAAAAGUGCGCGUAGCCAGACCGUAGCAAUCCUAGAUAUCGUUGCGCGUGCCAUAAAAGCUUUGGGCGGAGACUUGUCCGAUGUUGUGCGAACUAGGAUAUUCUUGCAAAAGGAGGAGGACGUUGAAGCGGUCAGUCUUGCACAUGGUUGGGCUUUUAAGUGCGCGGGAAUCAGACCAUCAAAUACAUUGGUGGUAUCAGGGGUAAUUGGGGACGAAUUUCUCGUCGAGAUUGAAGUGGAAGCUGAAUUGGGUUACCGUGAAGUUGUAAGGAUAUAG